CUCAGCUGUGAUGUAACAGGAAGUAGUGGGUUGCCUUCCAACGUCAACCUGACAGCCGCCUCAGCUGCGCUCAUUGAGCGCUGGAGAUCCGCUGUGUUUGGUGCUCUGCGCUGUGGCCGAAGACAGAAGACACUUUACGCGAUUGCCUUGAGAGUUUUCUCCUGGCCGACCCCCUGCGCUGCAGUUGGAUUGUACUCUGUGGUAGGACGCGCUGAGUAUCUGCAGCUGGUAAAUCAUCGACCGGCUUUGACAUGGCCAAAAGGAAGAUGGAUAGCAUCGAGCGGAGCGGGAUGGUGGCUCUCAUACUGCUGUGUAAUCUAACAAAGAUUUUUGUGAAGGCAAGCCUGGAGGUUAAUGAAACCCAGCAGCAGCAUCCAACCAAUGUCUACCAUGACAUGGGACUCACCAGGAACAAGAUAGUUACAGCACAGUUUGAGUGCUAUCAAAAGAUAAUGAAGGACGAUACCCAAGGCCGUCUAGAGCCCAUGUGUAACCGCACUUGGGAUGGCUGGCUGUGUUGGGACGACACCAAGGUGGGUGUUAACAUGGAGCAGCACUGCCCCGACUACUUCCAGGAUUUUGAUCCUUCGGAGAUGGUGACAAAGAUUUGCACCGACAGUGGUCUUUGGUUCCUGCAUCCGGAGAGCAACCGGACAUGGACCAACUACACCCGCUGCAACGAACACACCAACGAAGGCAGAAUGACUGCAAUGAAUCUUUUCUACUUGGCCCUCAUAGGACAUGGCCUGUCUCUGACCUCCCUCUUAGUCUCCCUCGGGAUAUUCUUCCAUUUCAAGAGUUUAAGUUGCCAAAGGAUCACGCUUCACAAAAACCUCUUCUUCUCUUUUGUUCUGAACUCUGUCAUCACCAUCAUUUGGUUGACAGCGGUGGCAAACAACCAGGAGCUGGUGCAGAGGAAUCCAACGAGCUGUAAAGUGUCCCAGUUCAUUCAUCUGUACCUGUUUGGCUGCAAUUACUUCUGGAUGCUGUGUGAGGGAAUAUACCUGCACACUCUCAUCGUGGUGGCUGUGUUCGCUGAGAAGCAGCACCUGAUGUGGUAUUAUCUUUUGGGCUGGGGUUUUCCUCUCAUUCCGGCUACCAUACAUGCCGUUGCUCGGAGUUACUACUACAACGACAACUGUUGGAUAAGCUCCAAAACAUCGCUCCUCUACAUCAUCCACGGUCCCAUCUGUGCUGCUCUUUUGGUCAAUUUGUUUUUUCUACUAAACAUUGUGCGAGUGCUCAUCACCAAACUGAAGGUGACCCAUCAAGCGGAGUCUAGUCUCUACAUGAAAGCCGUGAGAGCCACCCUCAUCCUGGUGCCUCUGUUGGGAAUUCAGUAUGUCCUGCUUCCCUACAAGCCAGAGGGACGGGUUUCCUCCGAAAUAUACGACUACAUCAUGCACAUAUUGAUGCAUUACCAGGGUCUGCUGGUGGCCACCAUCUUCUGCUUUUUCAACGGAGAAGUCCAAGCGGUUCUGAGGAGGAAUUGGAACCAGUAUAAUAUCCAGUUUGGCAGCAGCGUAGGAAACCACUCGGAUGCGAUGCGUUCAGCCUCCUACACGGCGUCCUCCAUCACAGAGGUACAGGGUUGCUACAGCAUCGACAGCCACACAGAACACAUGAAUGGCAAAGGCUGCCACGACGGCGACGCCUCUCUCCUAAAAUCAGACAGCCCCUUCGCCUGACGACAACACGCUCCCCGAGCCCUGCCUACCCCGUCUCCCCGUUAAAAACUGCAGCAUGUUUGGAGCGCUGUAACAACCAGGAAAACUUGCCUCUUCCUUUAGAUACAAUGUCUGAAGCAUGAGUGAGGAAAGGACUGUAUCCCAGGCUCUCACUCACCAGAAGGAACUUAUCCCCUCUCUGUCACACCAACACAGGCCCUUUAACAGCACUGUACGGUGAGCUCAAUACAACUACUCCUGCGCUGUGUUUUGUCUACAAUUUGACACUGAGCUGCUUUACUCGACCUAAGAUGCAUUCUGAUAAUCACAAUAUUGUUGCAACCUUUCUGCCUGACAGAAUAGUUUUUAAAUGGAUGAAUAUCAACUGCUCGACUGUCCUUGUGGGGUCAUGUUGUGCACAAGAAGCCUUUGGUUACACUGUAAAUUAUUUUGACAUAGUUAGUGCCAAACCAAGAAAUCCUUGCCUGCCUCAUUAACUUUUUUAUUUUCAAUACAGAAUCAGAACGAAGAUAGGACGUCUAACAGGUGCAUAAUAAUAUAUUAAAGCUAUAUUAUAUCUUUCACUCGUUAAACUUAAUUUAUCUGAACGUAUUCUUGUUUAUUAAAUGAAAAUGAAAUAAAUACCAUACAGUAUUUAUUUAAUGACAUGCUACAUUUUUGUGCCAGCUUCAUGUAAACGUUCCUGUUUGUUUCAGUGUUUGUUUCUCUGAGUGCAGUUAAUGCAGAUGAUUUACAGAAUCAUACCGUUAGCUUGCAAGCUUCACUAUUAGAGAUUUCCUCAUGCUAAUGUUUGAGUGUGUUUAAGUGAUCUUAGUGACCUGUGCAUCCUGUAAACCACAUAGAUAUGUUGUAAUGUAACUUGUCGACACAAAUCACCGAGAAGCCGUCUUGAUAUCACAUGUACUCAAAUGUCUCCUCAUUACACUCGAAUGUAACAGUGAAGUUUGAAGACCUGGCUCUGAUCAUAUAUGUACCACAUUCCCUUUCACUUCGGUCUUCAGCCUUACUGCUCUCAGAUUACUUGGAUAUAACCACUAAAUAAGCAUUACGGGGCGGACAGACCGAAAAACAGCACUGUGUUUAAAAUGCAGAGGGCUAAUGGUGAGAUGAUAAAACACUUCCCCAGGAAAGUCAGUCUGAGUUUUACAUCCAUGACUUUUAAGGGAUAGGUUUUUAAUAAAAUACUCAUAAGAAUUAAAAGAGUUAUUGGUGGCUGUAAUAAUCUAUUCUGCUGUACGAGCUGUGAAUCAUUCCCACUACAUUGUUAGCGAUGGCCUGGUCUCCUAAAAAUGACUUUCCCCGACAACAAAUCUGCAUUGUCAAUACUUUUUUAAAGGGAAACAUAUUUUCUCCCAAUUUACGUUUGUUUUUGACAAAUACGUUUCAAAGUCCGCAUAGGGAGGAUGUCGGGGUCAGACAAGCUAAAUUACUGUAUGUCACAUACUUAAUUUACGUAUGUGACUUAAGUUGUGUAACAAACAUACUUAUUUUACGCCAUGAUAACUAUAACCAUGAUAUUUUCCUAAAACCUUGUUUUGUUUUGUUUUGUUACAAUUCACUACAUUAACCAGGAGUUUUAAACUGCGCCCGUAAUCCCAGAGAAAAUUAGUAUCUCCCAAAACAUAAUGAAGAGUGCAUUUUGUUGUAUGGGAGAAUAAUUUUUUGCGCAGCAAAUGCAUUCUAAAGUUCAGAUGAUGCUAAUGUUGUUAGCCAAAUAUCUUCGUGCUAGCUACUUGCGUCUGUAUAGGUAUAUUGUUUUGUCUGGGACUGUAAUUGGUUAAUUCAGACCGCUGACGCCUCCUUAGCUUGUGGCUGGAUGUUGUUGCGUAUCUUGGACUGUGUCGUUGCACUUAAAAGGCAUUGCUUCACAGCCAGUACGGAGGAGGAACAAUUGUAGCGAGCAAUAACCAACAACAUACAUAUGGCAGACUUUCUAAGGAAUAUGCACUCGCACAUAUUUGAUUGGCCGAUGCAGUGCGUCUCCAGGGGAUUCAGGUUUGACUCUUUUGCAGGACGACCCUGGCUACUGCAUUCUUUGUAAAGCAUUUAGCUGAAGAAGGAUGUGACUAAACCGGGUCGGAAAUCUUUUACAGUUCUGCUUUAAUUUCAUCCACACAAACCCAUUUUAGAACAUGUUCCAUAAUGCUGGGUUGCUAUCAGCUGAUGUAAAUAUUUUUGUAAAUCUAGUGUUUCUGAGAAGAUGGCAAGUUGAACAUGUGAGAGUGUGUGAGCGUGCGUGUGUGCAUGAUUUAUGAGUAUUUAUGAGUACUUUAAUGAGUA